AUGUCGCUCAACAUGGCCCAACCGACGUUGGAACACGGCCGCCAAGUUGUCCUCGGCUCCAGGCUCCGGCCCGUCAAGAUCCAAGACGCCGUGUACAGCAGACUCAUCGAGAUGGCCGAAGACGACGAAGACUGCGAAUUCGCACGCUGGCUCCUCCUCCAGGUCUGCGAGAUCUUCAGAGACGAUAUCGACGACCAGAAAGCUAUCGUGCCCAUUGGUAUGGGUGAGCGAGAUUACACCGCCGGCUGGAGGGAUGCCCUCGCAACCAUCCGCGGCCUGUCUUCCCUUUGCCUCAAAGGACCGCAGGAAGACGGCGACCCAUCCCGACCAGAGCCACCUGACGUGUUCAGUGCCCGUUACGGGGACGUGGAGCAGUAUUACCAGAAGGGCUUAGGGAUUCGGUGGGAAGAAGAGCGGGAGAGACUGAACUGGGGAGACGAAGUCCUCGCGCGUUGUGGCUUUACGGGUGCCACCGCCGAAGCGUUCGAGAACGAUCAACAGAACUCUUCUACGAACGACUCCCAAGCCUCCAGCAGCUUGAUCAACACACCUUCGAACGUCAGCAUCAGCGACUCGGUGCUCGAAGCCCUCUUCCCUCCGGAAUCCUCGGCGGAGUUGUCGUCCGCCUCCAACGGCUCGUCCCCCUCGAAGCGGGCUCCUUCCACCCCCGAUUCCCGCCAGCCGCCCAACGGGCACAACCGCAACCUCAACAAAUCCGACAUAAUCCGCGGCCUCGACACGACCGCGCUGCUAGCCCACUUUGAGCGCCAAUCGCGCCUCUCGGAGCGCCGUAUCGUUGCCGAGCUCGGCCGGACGAGCCUCCUCCGCCAGGCUAUCUUCCAGGACCGCUUCUUUGGCCGCGUACCGUCCUUCGCGGGAGCCCCAGGCGGCGAUGACCUCGUGAACGAUGAGUACGACGCGACCGAUAUCACGGACGGGAUCAAUGAGCCGUUCCUGGGCGAGGCGCAGCAGAUGCGUGCGGUAAGGCAAGUCAAGACGCUCUUCCGGCAGUGGCGGAAGGCUGCGGCGGAAGACCAGGGGGAGGCGGACGAGGGUUCGGACGGGGGUACCCGGGUGACGGGGCGAGAAGAUGGCGACGACGACGACGAAGGCGUAUCGAGUGAUUCGGCGAGUUUGUCCCACGCUCCGGAGCCCUGGCUCGACAGCCACGCUGGAGCAGCGCCGCCUCCCAGCCCAGGGUCGGAGUCCGUCUACAGCGACGAUACCCUGUGGCCGUCAGCAGCUUCCGAGCCCUGCGACGAAACGUCGGCACUGGUGGCCCCUCCCACGCAUCAUUACUGCUUGCCUGAUGAUCAAUGGGCCAUGCUGCACAGACACCGGCGACUCCAUCAGUCAUGA